AUGGAAGUGGACGAUUCUUUAGACGAUAUGAAAGGUUUGAAUUGCAGCACGAGAAUUGAUUCAAAGCCAAUUCUCGAGCCUACAAGUUCUUGUGUUAAAGUUGAGGCACCCUCGGACAAUGACUUCGUGCAAGAUAGAUGUUUGGAAUGCGUAGAUGAUGCUAACAAGGUGUCAAAUAGUAUGCACAUAUUACACCAUGAAAUCACUGAUGUGAAGCCAAAUGACAACAUAUUUCAACAUCAUGAUGUUUUGAGACCAAAUAUGAGUUAUGAAUCUGAUGACCAAGCGUGUGGGUUGCUGAAGAAUCUAGCCUUAAUGGUUUAUAUAACAGUUGGUUCAGCGGCAUAUCCAAUUUUGGAGUUUUUGGAAGAGUGGGGUACUGAGAACUAUGAGGAAAUUUCUCCUGCCGUUAUUCGACAGGCUACAAAGAUCUUUGUCAAUGGUACCUGGGUGGGAAUUCAUCGCGACCCUGACAUGUUAGUGAGAACACUGAGACGACUUAGGAGAAGGGUUGAUGUAAAUACUGAGGUCGGGGUAGUUUGUGAUAUCCAUUUGAAAGAACUUCGAAUUUAUACCGACUAUGGGAGGUGCAGUCGUCCAUUAUUUACUGUGGAAAAGCAAAGGCUGUUGAUCAAGAAGAAGGAUAUUCAAGCAUUGCAACAACGGGCCUCUAUAUUCAUGGCCUCUAUAUUCAUGGACAAAGACUAGGAUGAGUUUGAAAACAGAGUAGUUUGAAGUCAUUUUGUAUUUUUUUAGUAUUCUGUAUAUAUACAA